AUGGCGACUCCUUUCUCCUGGUCCGACACCGUUCAAAUUGCACUGGGCUCAUGUCUGCCAUGCCUAAGACCGACGUCGGGACACGAUGAACAUCAGCAGCAGUAUAACCCGGCCAUAAACCGGAUACCUCGCGCUCGCCCCGAUGAGCUACAAGGACUGCUGGCCGACCCCGACACUGACACUGAAGCCGAGCGGAUGUCUCUGCAUUCGAAUCCCGGACGGAGCAGGAACAAGAAGAAGCGGAGGACGAAGAAGACUUCCAACAACCCCCGCAGGAUUACCCUCUUCGGGUACGACCUCUUCGGACGACCUGCCCCACCGCCGAUCCAGCUUCCAAAUGACAGCGAAGAUGCUCUGUAUCCGCGAAGAACGAGCGGGGCGCUGACACCGACCACGAUUGUGACAAACCAUUCGACAGCGUCGACCUUCGACUCCGAUGCUGCACCGCUCGAUGCCGAUGUCAUUGCUGCCCUGUCAUCACCUGCAUCCGCGGCUGCUGCCAUCGAAGCUGCCGCACAGGCAUCUGCUGAGGCCGAGGCCCAGAGGCUAAAGGAGAAGGAGGAGCGCCGCCAGAGGCGGAGAGAAAAGAGAGAGCUGAAGAAGUUAGCUGAGACUUUUGCACGAGAGGGCAUUGUGGGCGACGGGGAGCAAUUCGAGGGUUUCCAGGGCAGCGGCGGGCAGGCGCCUCCUAAGAUGACGAGACCUGGAUCGGACUCGGGCUCUGGCUCGGGAUCUGGCUUUUCUGGCUCUGCAAGGCGGUUUGUCGCAGUUCCGCCACCACAGCCUGCACCGAUCCCUGCACCUCCUAUGGUCCUCGAGAACGACGACGACGAUGCGGCAGAUCUGGAUGGUGGGCUUUAUACCCGCAGCGCACCACGGGGCAACUCGAACGGUGGAUCCGACUCCCGAAGCCGCACCUCAGCCUCCAUGAGCGACAGAGCCCACCAGCUCCCGGAUCCCCGCAACGUCCUCGCACACCUCCAAUCCCAAUCGCAAACCCGCCUGCGUUCACCCUCACAAUCCACAUUCCAACCUCCUCCAUCUCUAGAUACGACAAGGAAGAAGAAAAAAUCCAAAUCGUCGUCAAAGUCACGAUCCUCAGCAACGACAUCCCAGUCACCUUCCAUCGCCUCUCCAGUGUCAUCAGCCUUUCCCGGCAUGCCACACGAAAUUGUCAGCCCAAGUACUAUCGAGCAAGGACAAGGUUUCUUCGACCUGGACGACGAGCUACCCGUGCGGAGGUCGCCUGCCACGCCCGACUUUCCGAGCACGAGGAUCGGCGGUGCUCCCGCAGGCGGGUUCCCUAUAACCGGCUUUGGUGGAGUUGCCGGAGCGAAGAGGUCCAAAGACUUCGGGGCUUUUCUCGCCACCCGAGGCGACAACCACAACGACGACGCAAUUGAUGGGCUGUAG